CCUCAGUGGAGGGGAGCAUUUCCCUGCAGAGCAGCACCAUGUCUUGCGGACCAGUGUGCACCAACUUGGGUCUCAAGCCUGGCCAGCGCCUCACUGUCAAGGGGAAAAUUGCACCAAAUGCUAAGAGCUUUGUGAUGAAUCUGGGCAAGGAUGCUACCCUCCUCGGACUUCACUUCAAUCCCCGUUUUGAUGCUCAUGGGGAUGUGAACACCAUUGUUUGCAACUCAAAGAAGGUGGAAGAGUGGGGUGCAGAGCACAGGGAGGCUGUCUUUCCUUUCCAGAAAGGGGGCACAGCAGAGAUCACUUUUGGUGUCAACCAAAAUGAUGUGACAGUCCACCUGCCAGGCCACCAGUUCACGUUCCCUAACCGGCUUAACCUCUCUGUCUUUGACUACUUUGAUACACAAGGGGACUUCACACUCCAGUCCCUCAGCUGGGAAUAA